AGCCUCACCAGGAGCCUCCGCGGGGAGGGACAGCCAAAGGACUCUGCAGCAGGAUGAAGCUUCUCGUAGGCGUCCUAUUGUGCUCCCUGGUCCUGGGCGUCAGCAGCCAGAGAUGGUGGACAUUCCUCAAGGAAGCGGGUCAAGGGACUAGAGACAUGUGGAGAGCCUACUCUGACAUGAGAGAAGCCAACUACAAAAAUUCAGACAAAUACUUCCAUGCCCGGGGGAACUAUGACGCUGCAAGAAGGGGCCCUGGGGGCGCCUGGGCUGCUAAAGUGAUCAGCGACGCCAGAGAGAAUUCUCAGAGAAUCACAGACCGUCUUAAGUUUGGAGACAGCGGCCACGGAGCGGAGGACUCGAAGGCUGACCAGGCUGCCAACGAAUGGGGCCGGAGUGGCAAAGACCCCAACCACUUCCGACCUGCAGGCCUGCCCAGCAAAUACUGAGCUUCCUCUUGGCUCUGCCCUGGGCAGCCGGGCUCUGAGCCCCCUGAGGGCAGGGACACCCACUCGUUGAGAUCUCUGGCCACGCAGGCUGGGAGGGCACCUAAGAGGUGUCUAAUAAAUGCUUAAGAGAUGGACUGUUGAAAA